CUUGGUCUCAUUCUUCGAGCGACGCAAUCGUCAAAACUAGGGCAUCUUCUCUCGUUCUUCUCCUCUCUCUCUCUCUCUCUCUGAUUUCUAUUAGGCGCUAGGGUUUCGAAAACCGGAAUCUCGAUUACGAUAUAUUACGAAUCUGAUUAUAAAGCCUUUGUUAGUUUUCUUCGAUUAGUAAGAAAAUUUUGUAGUAAAUUUGAAUCUGAAGCGUGUGUUUGAUUAUGAGAAUGAAUAUGAAGCGAUCGAGGAAAUCAAUUUCUUGGGCUCCUGCAGUUAAACUUUGUCAGGUAAAGCUGUUCUCUUCUUUGGAUUGUCCUGUGGAAGUUGGCAUGAAAUAUCAAGGUCAUUUUCAACCGAAGACAUCAAGUAUGUUGCAUUCCAGUUCUUUUGAACACAAUGAUAGCCCGCCUGGUUUUGAAGUAGGUAUCUCUGUGAAGCAAUCUAAGCUGCAACAUUUCCCCAUCCCUCAGAUUAGGUGGCAAUGCCCUUCCAAGCUUAUUAUGCGUGACGGCUGGCGUGUAGCAGCUGGUGAGGAAAGUGAAGAAGCCAAGGCUGAAAAACUAAGAGAGAUGAGAGUGCUUGAGGCAGUAUAUCCUCGUUUUUCUGCAAUUCCACCUAGCCCCUCUGUUUCGUUGGACGUAGAACAUGAGCAUUAUGAUCAUAGCCUCACUCCUUGUGUUCCCAUCAAUCCAAUUGAAGAAGAGUCCCAAGAAGAUCAAGAAGAUCUAACACCAGUAAACACCACUGUAGUCUCUCAGCUACCAGGUUUUUCCCAAGGUCUGUUGGCAUCUGGAACUGCAAAUGUUUCUGAGUCCAACCCUCCUGGUUUGGAGCAAGUACAUGCACCAGGAAAGUUACCUAAUCAAAGUGCUGAUUUUACGGCCAUUGCUUCAGCUGCAUUAACUGCAAUGAAGAAUAGCAGCGAGAAGGAAAGUAUGAUCGAUACUGAUUUGCUUAUUAAGAUUCUUAACGAUCCGAAAAUGCUCCAGAAAUUGAUUAAUGUACAUGGACCACAAGCCAAUACAGGAAUUGCAUCAGUGAAUACACAUACUGCACCCAGUUCAAAGACGGUAACUCCCUAUGUUCCCUCAUCCCUUUCAAACUCUGAUAUGCAAAGGACUCCAGAUGGUAACUUCCACAUGCCAGGUAAAGUGGGUACUACUUUGAAUGCAAUCCCUCUUCAACCAGAUACUGUUCAAUUAUCUGGGUUAAAGCGACCUGCACCAUCACCACCAUUACCUUCCUCAUCCAGCCCUCAAGCUGACCAUGUUCAAUCUGGGUUAAAGCGACCUGCACUAUCGCCACCACUACCUUCCUUGUCCAGCCCUCAAGCUGACCAUGUUCUACUGCCCAGACUGCCAAAUCAGGCACAACCCCCAUUAAGUGCAUCGCCUGAACAGAACAUGGUUCCCUUAGGAUCUUUCCCAGUCCAGGAACCCGGAAUUGUCAAGGACAUGAACUACUAUAAGAACCUCAUUAGGCAACAUGGAACAGAAAAUAAAGAAAUGCAGGACCCCAUUUUGCUCAAAAAUGGUAACAAUCAUAAUCACUUGGUGGACUUGAAAAUGUCUGUAAACUCUAAUCCAGCAGAAAUGAGGACCAAGAAACCGAAACAUUGCAUGUUUUUCAAAACUGCCAAGGGAUGUCGUAAGGGUGCUAAUUGUGAAUACCUCCAUGACAUGUCGUUAAAUUGGCGAACUGGUAUGGAGGCCCAAAGUGCCAAGAGAAUGAAACUAAAUGGGGUUAAUAAGGGGAGGAGUAUGUUUUAGGUAAUACUUGUUAGUGGUAAAAUCCAUCACUUUUUUUCCAAUUUUGUAAAAAGUUUGGGAAAGGGGUAGACUUUCAGACCCAGGCCAAGUAUUUUUUUUUUAAUUUCUUUUUUAUUUACUUAGGCAUUUUGCAAAGAUUAAUGAGAAUUUCAUGAAAUGUUUUUUGAUUA